AAAUUGUUUUAGUGAACUUUAUAGUUUUAAAUUCUGAAGCAAAGAGCUGCAAAAAUAUAUAGUGCUUCAAACAAUCAAAUCUUGUAUUUGAAAGUCAUUACCAAACAUGUCAGACCCUUCUGUGUCAAUACAAUACAAUAUAAUACACAGGUCUGAGUAUCAUCCCUGUCUUGUAACAUUCCAAGCAACUAAAGGAGAGGAAAAAAGGAGAAAGAGUCAUAGAAUCAUGGAAUGACAGAAUUAUUUAGGUUGGAAAAGACCUCUAAGAUCAUCAAGUCCAACCAUUAACCUAGCAAUACCAAGUUUACCAUGCCCCUAAGCACCACCUCUACACAAACAUAAUGUACUUAUCCCCCUUGAGUAAUUCUGAACAACUACCACCAAUAUGCACCAGAUAUACGGAAUUUUAGAUCCAAACCUCAAUCACUUCAGCUAAACAUGGUGGCCAAUGAAGACAGGGUGUGAGGAUUCAAACUGUACUUUUAGACUACUUAAUUAGCUGUUGACAAUCAAAUUAAUCCUCUUGACUCUUUCCUGCUCCACCCUAUUACUGUACGUGCUUAUGUAAAUCUGAUGCAAGGACUUCUGGGGGGCAUGUGUCAUAGCUGAUCUUGUUGCAGAUGCCAACAUUUCCUAUGAUUUCACUCCUGACAACGGAGGGAGAAUCUGCUGUCCCAGGCACUCCAGAGACUUCAGGAAGGCACCAAAUCAGUGGCAGAAUUAAAUUUCUCUGGAUUGAAGAUACAGAGCGAUAAAGUUUGUGCCUGACAGUUUUGCUUCCCUUAACAAGAUCCUCAUCCCACUGAGGUCAAAGCACACAUACACUCAAAUGGUGGUGUGUGAAUAACAUUCUUGCUGGAGCUCCAUGCAGUUCUGUCUCAAGGUUCAAAACAAGACAAGAACAAAUUUUAACUCAAGUAAAUUAUGGAAUAAGGACAAGCUCUAAAUCUCCACUGAGUGUUACAUCAGUGCCUUGCAAGGAAAUUGCCAAGAACUUAUUGCCUGCUAAUUGACGUAAACUAAACUAAUUCCCCUGAAAUGAAAGACAUAUUAUUCCAUAUGUUUGGUACAGACAUGCUUGGUUUUCAAAACUAAUGAAGAAAUUAGCUACAAACUUAAGAGUCUAUUAAUAGACUAUUCCCAGUAGAAACAGGUAUGUACAAAGAACAGAGUACUGACAUCACAAGUUAUAUGAAGCAGAAUUUCCUAUUAAUAUUUUUGGAUUAGAAUCAAUGUUUGAGAUAUUUAUUGAAAAUAUUUUUUCCUCCUCUCAGUGCUUUCCUAAGUAUGCUGUACUACCAGAAGUUUCUUCUCACAUGCUGCAUAGCAUAACUUUGCAAAACUUGGCCUCCAGCUUAGGUCCGGUAGUCUUUAGAUACUUCUGUUGAGAUAUUCAAGUCUAGAAUCACAAAAUGCAUCAGUUCUAACAUAUUUUGCUUAAAUCCUCAUUUUGUUUGCCAGCUUUAUUGUAUAUUUGUAGUGUCUUUGAUGCCUGUACAGGAAGUUUCAGUAUUGAUCUUUGAGGAUCGAGGGUGCAGAUUCUAUUGACCUCGUGAACUUAGUCUGGACUAGUAAUACUUCUGCACUCCCACAUCUGCAAAACUCCUGUGAAAGAGGUGAAGCUAGAGCUAGUGCUCUCUGCCAGGUUCCUCUGGGUGUGUGAGCACAAGUUUGUCAGUUUGCAGCACUGCUGAUGCAGGCCUUGGAUCAUAUUCAAAAUCUGAAAGACCAAAAUUAGUAGCAACUUUUGAAAACACAGACUGAUUUUACAUCUCCAGAUCCAGCUUCAUGUUUUAGAAAACAUUAAUCAGCUUGCCUUUUCCUGUUGUGAUGAAAUAACAUUCCCUGUUUUGACAGUCUCUAGCUUUGUGGAAUGGAAAGUCAAAAUAAACAAUGAAGACCACAUUGAACAUGCUAAUACACAACCUCAAAUGUUUCCUUAAUUCCCAGGCCUCAGCCAGACAGCUUAUCCAAACAUUUCCUCCUGUUGACUCCCCCUGUCUCCCACACCACCCUAGGUUACUAGUUUUUAGAUAGGAGCUUGUAAUACACAUUAUACAGAUUGAAAGUGGAAUUUCAUUAGCACAAACUCCACUAUCAUAAUUGCAAUCUACAGCAAAUGAAUACAAUUAAGCAUACUAGGGUCUCCCCUGAACUCCCCCAUCCUCUUGGCACACAAACUUAAGCUGACACCAGGCUCCUGUAUAAAGCUAGCACACUGCGUUCACUGCAAUAGCAGCAGGUCUACAGGGCUACACUCAGCAGGACCAUGUCACUGCUUCUCCUUCAGCUGCUAGUGCUCUCACAUCUUGGAGCCACAGAGCCACAGGCAGAUUCACAGCAAAGGAAAAGCAGAAGACCAUUUCAGCGGCUUUUCUACCUGGACAAAAAGCUGCUUGAGAGUCAAAGUUUUCGUGAGCUGGUGGGGGAAAACCCAGUUGAGGAAACUCUGGGACAACCAAGUUUUUUUGUAGCAAUUCCACAGACAGCAGUAGAGAGUCAGAAGCAAGGAGAGAAAAAGAUGUCGAGAUUCAUCCUUCCUAAUGCAGAACUCUAUGCAGACCAAGAUGUUAGAACCUGGACAGCACCCAGAGAGGUCUCUCCUGUGGAAAACUUCUCUCCAUCCCACUAUUCCGGCAAGAGGGACGUUGAACCUCCCUAUAGAAAAGAUGCCAAGAAAUUCUGGGACCACUUCAUGUUAAGGAAAAAUUCAGCUUCUGAAGAGGUUGUCCUGCCAAUCAAGACUAAUGAAAUGCACCAAGAAACCUGCAGAACCCUGCCUUUUUCCCAGGGUAUUGCUCAUGAGAGCUGUGAGAAGGUGAUGGUACAGAAUAAUCUGUGUUUUGGAAAGUGUAGUUCCUUUCAUGUUGCUGGUCCAGAAGAUAGUCUUUAUACCUUUUGUUCUCAGUGCAUGCCCACCAAGUUUUCCAUGAAGCGCUUGGAUCUCAACUGCACCAGUUCUGUCCCAGUGGUCAAAGAAGUCAUGAUUGUGGAAGAGUGUAAAUGCGAGAUUCAGAAGAUUAAAGAUCCUGUGCUUGAAUCUCGACAGUCAGAUUUGCAUGAAAAUGUACAUGAGCAAAAUUAACCUAUUCAAGGUACCUUUGAAGUCCCUGAUAAUAAGAAUUUGCCAAUGGAAAAAAAAAUAUCAAAGAACUUCAAAGGCUUUCAUCACACAAUUACACCAAAAUAUUAAAGAUGUAUAUUUCUAUACAAACUGCUUCUCUGCUUCAACUAUAACUUUACCUAAAAUUUAACAGAUGUUUCCUUGCAGUUGUUAAAGAAAUGGAGAUGAGAUUAUUGGGUUUGUGCAUAAAAUUUUUAUUUUAACAAGGGAAACCUUCUAAAAGUUUUCCACCCUUCCUAUAACUAGCAUCCUAGGAUGCUAGCAAACAACAGCUGAAGAACUAGCCCGAUGAUUUCUCCCUCCAAAAGCCUAAUGUAAUGGCUGUUCUACAUUGCCAUUGCUUGCAGAGACUGCCAGUAUUGUUCUACUAGCAACACCGAGGAGGCUUUAGUCUCUUCAUUGCAAAAACAGGUCUGUUUUUACAUCAAGAUAGUGACUGGAGAGUGUAAAAUAUAAAUGGACAUAAGGCAGAAAGAGAGCUGUGAUGAGUUAGGGUCAUUCUGAUUGCUCCCAGCUGGAGUUCAGUUUCCAGCGAAAGCUAACAUACCUCACAACUUACACGCUUAGCGGUUGCAAAUGGUAUUUUGCCAUAGAAACCACUUACUCUCUUUUUACACACCUGCAGUUCCUCUGCAUGUAUUUUUAUUGAAAUUUUCAUAUAGUAGAAGGAGGAAAAAAAUGAAAAAGAUAGGCUUCCACAGAAAGCACCAGAAAUUAAUGGAUUACUAUUGUUGUUAUUAUUUAAGUUCACUGUGGAAAGACAAUGCACAUUUUCCAGUUAGGUGAAUUUCAGUGUUGGUGGUGACAGCCAGAUAAAGUUUAAGUAGUGUUCUCAAUAGCUAAACUAAAGCAGAAAACACAUUUGUGUGAUUGAAAAUGAAAAUCUGCAAAAGGAUCUUAUCAGCAUGCCGAUAGCUGUAUAGGUUUAUAGGAACACCAGAGAAGGCCUUCUGUUAGAAAAGGUCUGAUUCCAGUCCUAGCCAGAACAGACAGCAUCAGUGGCUGUUAGCUGAAUUGCUGGCUUUUCAGUUCUCUCCAGUUGCUUCUCCCUGGACUUGUCUGGCAUCCCUGGCAUGCCAGCCAGUGACCAGAUUCCAAAAACUGUACCAUCCUACUUCUAACCAGCUCCCGUAAUCCUCUGGGAAUCUGCUCUAGUGCUACUGCCAUACUGUCAGACCUGGGCCCCUCUUAUUAAACUAUCCACAGCUCUUUGUUUGGGUAUUGGAAAUCUGUAUUUGUAUAGCUGGUCAAUUCAAGGGUUUGGUAAAUGAUUCCUUUGUGUACAAACUGUGCUAUGACCAGAAGUGUCUUAAUAUUUUGUCCAAGUUCACUGUGGAUUUAGAGUGAAAUGCCCAUUUUUAAUUUUACUGAAAAUUGCAUCUGAAUGAUAUUCUGGUACUGAGUCUGAACUGCUGCAGUAGCAGUUUGCAUGUUACAUGCAGUGACAGAACUGAAGACUAGUAUAUAGUUAUAUUUCACUGUAUA